AUGUCGACCGCACCCGCUUUCUUUCGCCUCCCCGAGGAACUUCUGACCAUGAUCGUUGACAUUGUUGUAGACAGUGUCGAACGCCCUGCUAUCACACCAAUCUCAGGAGAUCGAUUCUCGGUACUGCAAGCACUUCGCGAAACACACCCUCGCUUCGCAUAUCUCAAGUCCGCGCUGCGACGCCUUUUCCAGACUGUCUGUCUGCCUACGGACCCCGUCGGAAUCGAGCGACUGGAGAAGACCACGCUGGAUCGAUUUGCACCCUUUGUGCAGCAGAUUCUAUUUCGGCCUCCAUCGUACGGCGUCGAAGUGACGUAUGAUCGCUUCAGAGGAGAAUUACUGCGGCAGCAUGACAAAUCAUCAGGCGACGAGAGGUGCACUAGCUGCGGCGCGUACGGGACGAUGGAGGAUACAACUAACGAUGAUAAGGUAGCGGCUGCGUACGAGUACUAUUGUGAGCAGAGGGAACAGGAGAAGCAGGUUAUGGCGAGCGGAAGAGCGGAAUCGGUUCUUCUGUCCGUCAUAGAUCGACUGCCAGAUGCACGUCACUUUGUCCUUGCAGCUUGGAAUCGCGGACGGUGGUUGAAACGCAGCGCUACUCACAGGUUGAUAAUGCAACACUGUGCGGAGCGAAUGGACGAUGCGUUGAUGGGAGACGAACUCUUACAAUUCACCACGAAACUCAUCCGCGGUGCGAACAUGAGGCUCAAAAGCUAUACGAUUGGAUGCUAUACCACUGGCAGGCGAAGCGAAACCCUGUUGGAGGAAUGGCAGUCAAUCGACCUGAGUGAAAUGGAAGGCUUGUUCUACUACGGCCGAGUAUUCGAUGACCACACACAUCCCCGGGACAGACAACUGCAAACGGACCGUAUUGGCCAGUUCUACGCAUGUGUAGCCAGUCAAGCCAGUGCCAGUCUUCGCUGUCUAGUAUUAAGAGGACCUCUCAGUUGCCGCUGGGCGCCUCCCAGCAAUCGUUGCCCAAAGUUGGAAUACCUGAAACUGGAAGACAUGGACCUAUCGGAAGGAUUCGAUGCCUGGCUCAAGACAUGCACGGGUCCCAAUCGCUUUCACAUGGCAAGUAUGACAGGCGUUCAAAUGUCAACUUUCUGUGUCCUCCGCAAGAUGCAGCCCAUGAGAAUCGAAAUGGACCAAGUCUAUGGCACACCUUCGAGGAAAUGGACUCUGGACUUCCAUACUGGCGAGGAAUCAAAUUAUGUUCACUCUCCAGAGCAUGACUCGGAGUAUUGGCUGCACGCCCCUGACGCCCUGCAUGCUUUCCUACGUGGCGCCGCCGCCUCGCCCGGGUUGCUGAAAAUGUGCAACGAAGAGGAUUUCGUCAUGCCAGACGAUGGAUAG